CAUGAGCAGAUUGUUAGAAAGCGGCCUGAUACACGCGAGCAAGCAUUCAUGUGCAGUCUGUCAGAAAGUAGGCUGUCGACACACCCUUGGGCGACCACUUAGGCUUGGGAGUCGCGUGCUCCAGCCCCGCCGUCUCCUGCCCCACUGGACGCUCCCUUCCUCCACCCCGCUGACCAUCUUCAUCAUCUCCCAGUGACCGCUCAGGAUUAUUGUGCGCCACUCACGUUGAAGGAUAUAUUUGAAGUCAAGAGCGAGUAAGUCACAAGGACAGAAGAGGAAAUAAGGAGGUCGUGAAGGCGUGAAUCCUGACCCGCGACUGACCCGGGUUUGAGAAGUAACGACUGACCGCCAGUUUUGUGACUCUUGACCACCCACGUGUCUUGUGCUUCGCUACUGUCAGCAACCUUAAAGAAAACGGAGUGUUUCAGUGACCGCGGCGAGCGAAAAACUGAACGUUCUCCAUCAUCCCGGUGUGAGUGAAACUAUGGUGUUCUAACUCUCGGUAAACAAGACCUCAAUAGGUUGUGUUCUGGAUUCAACACCGAGAACUCGCCAUCUUCAUCGAUCUUAACCUCCUCGACCUGUGAAACCUAAGCCCUCAGAGACACUCCACGUCACCGACACCCGUCUCCACACACGACCGCAAUGUUCAACCUCUCUGAGCUCGGCUCCUUAGAGACGCCCUCAGCGGCGUCUCCGGCGACGUCCCUCACGCCCACGUCGGCCUCCAGCACCCCCACAACUACCUCCAAGACGGAAGACCACGUGAAGCGGCCCAUGAACGCCUUUAUGGUGUGGUCGAGGAUCCAGAGGAGGAAGAUAGCUCUGGAGAACCCCAAGAUGCACAACUCGGAGAUCUCCAAGCGUCUGGGAGCUGAGUGGAAGUUGCUGUCAGAUUCCGAGAAGAGGCCCUUCAUUGACGAGGCCAAGAGACUCAGGGCGCAGCACAUGAGAGACUACCCCGACUACAAGUACCGUCCCCGCAGGAAGCCCAAGACCCUGAAGAAGGACGGUUACCCCUACAGUUUCCCUUACCUGCCCACCGCCCUCGACCCUCUCAGCGCCAUGUCACGAGGUAUGUAUCACCCACACUUCCCUCCCGCCCUCACCCAUAUGACGGCUGCUAUGGGUGGCAUGGGUGCGAUGGGUGGUAUGGGUGCCACCUUACCCACCCACUCGCCCUCAGACUACCAGGCCACUCUUGAUUCGGAGAAGGUGCGGGCGGCCUUCCUUCCUACCUCUCUCAGCAGCCUAGGAGCGUUCCAGUCACACGCUCUCUAUACCUCGAUGGCCGCCGCCCAGCAGAACAGCCACGCCCACACGCCCACACCCACCUCCCCGGACACUACGCCUACCAACACUUCCCUCACCACACCCCUGGCAGCGCCCGUAGCCAAGCUGGCGCAGCCGGCGCAGGAGGACCGCCGUUCCAGCCCACCUGCAUCUACUGCGUCAGUGUUCCUUGGUGUUUUGAGUUCGUCACCAUCUUACAUGCCACCGUCGCCCUUCUCCGCCCUCUACUCUACCCCAAGCUCCCUGGCGCCAGGACACCCGCUUCUCUACCCUGCCCAGUACCCGCCCAUGACCACGCCCACACAGGACCUCCGCCGCCCACUCUCCGUCCUCUUCUCAUAGGCGUCCUCCUUCUGCAGCAGUGCCCCCCAGGAUCCAUAUUUGCUAAAGCUCCCGUUCACUGGGACCUCCAUUGAUGGGGGCUCAUACUCCAUGGGCUCCUCAUGGCUUGGAUUUGCACUUGCUAGGACCAACACUCACUGGCCCCCGAAUCCUGCAGCUCACACCCAAGGUCACCAGUCAUGUCACCCUCAAAGUCAAUAGCUUCCUCUCGGCCGCACCAUAGUUCUUGGAGUUAAAUGAAAUAAGGUGAUUCUCGAGGCUAAGAGUCACCAGAUUAUCCUCGAGGUCAACAAAUCAAAAACCCUUCCUCAAGGUCAUUAGAGCUGUCGAGGUCAGCUGUCAGAAGUUUACCCUCGAAGUCGAAAAACCAAUCGAUUCGUAAGACUUGGAGACCUUGCCAUGGAAGCUAGUUUGUGGAGACCUAACUAUGAAAGACCUAGGAGUUAGAGACCUAAAUAUGGUUGCCCUAAGACUUGAAGAUCUUAGCCAUAGGAGCCAAAAGAAACUGGAGACCUUAUCAUAUAGGACCCCGAGAGGUGGAGGAGAUCUAGCCAACAGGUGAAGAACUUUUGUCAAGAGGACCCAAAAGUUCGUCUUAGGAACUCCCCCCAACAAGUCGAUUACAAGCGUAUAAAUCUCCCCCGUGUGACUUUUUAACUUAGAAGAGACCAAAUACGUUAAUGAUCAUAAGGUGUAUAUUUACGUUAUUUUUUCGAUUUCAUUAUCAAACAAGUGUCGUGGGAAUGGCGUAGUGGUGUUGUAAUGAUGUAUUUAGUGUUUCGCAAAUGCUAAUGUAUGGUAAAAAAAAAGACACACACACAAACACACACACACACACACACACACACACACACACAUUACACAUAGUAGAGUCAUCACAGAUAUAUAUAUAUACACAAUUUGUACUAUAUUAAGCAUCUUGAGGUUUGUUAACUUACACACUAACCAAAAAAAAUAAUAAUAAUAAUAGUCUUUUGUAUAUAAAUUCCUCUUGUAAAUAUGACUGAAAGGGUAACUGAUCCUUUCCUUCCAAGUCAUGUACUGUAUAACUGUCUUGAUGAAUGUUCCGUGCUACGUGUGUUGACUUGAUGAAUGUUCCGUGCUACGUGUGUUGACUUGAUGAAUGUUCCGUGCUACGUGUGUUGACUUGAUGAAUGUUCCGUGCUACGUGUGUUGACUUGAUGAAUGUUCCGUGCUACGUGUGUUGACUUGAUGAAUGUUCCGUGCUACGUGUGUUGACUUGAUGAAUGUUCCGUGCUACGUGUGUUGACUUGAUGAAUGUUCCGUACUACGUGUGUUGACUUGAUGAAUGUUCCGUGCUACGUGUGUUGACUUGAUGAAUGUUCCGUGCUACGUGUGUUGACUUGAUGAAUGUUCCGUGCUACGUGUGUUGACUUGAUGAAUGUUCCGUGCUACGUAUGUUGACUUGAUGAAUGUUCCGUGCUACGUGUGUUGACUUGAUGAAUGUUCCGUGCUACGUAUGAUAUGUAUAAUUGGAUGUAUGUGUUCGUAAGUAUAUAUUGGUACGUGUGUAUGUGUAUAAUGGAAUCUAUAGUUCUCAAUAAUGUGAGUCAUGUGUGUAAGUCAUGUGUGUGUGUGUGUGUACUACCUAAAGCUGUAUAUGUGUGUAUGUUCUGAUAUAUGUAUGAUUCUACUGGCACAUAUGUACGAGUAGGCUGUCUGUAUGGGUGUAUACUGUCAUUGUGUGUAUGUAAGUAUGUGUAAUACCACUCUGUAUAGAAUCUUAUAGUGUGUGUCGUGUAUAUUUGUAUCUUCCUCAGUUACUGUUGCUUCUAUACACUGUGUAUUUAUUGCUGUGUAUUUAAACAAUUUUAUUCCUGAAAAUAACACCUGAAUUUAUCUUAUUUUAGUCAAUCCAAUUUUUUUUGACGCGUAUUUUAAAUUUUACGAAAAAAAAGUAAUAAUAUCCGUUUAGAUGGACUUUUGCUAUAAGGGUGAAAUUAUUACAAAGUAUAUAUCACGUUGUAUUGCAUUUUCUAUUACUAGUUUUAUUGUUUCUGUUUUGCUAUUAGUCUCUUAUGGGAAGUAUAAAUAACUUCGAACUUUUUUUUAUCUUCGUUAUUAAGUGUUAUUCAUUACUGUAAUUUUAAUACCGUCAGUUGUCCAGGAUCUUCACUACAGUUCUCUAAUUGUAUAUAAAUCACUGUAUUUUAGUUGGUUACAGUUUAUUACAGGUGUAUUUGAGGAGGCAGCGGUGACCUCAUAAAAACCCCUGUAGAGUCAUUAACACUAAUUGAUGGUAUUGUGCCAUGAUGGGCGGUGGUGACGUCUGCUAUAUGUCCAGUAAUUGAGACAAACACAUGCCAGGAGGUACUGUAACAAUUUUUUUUAAGUGGAAUCUAAUAUUUUAGGAGGGUGAAAUGUGUAUAAGAGGGUGAAAAGUGUUCAGGAGGGUGAAAAGUGUAUAAGAGGGUGAAAAGUGUUCAGGAGGGUGAAAAAAUAAUAUUCUCUCGCCAGUUGGGUGUUAUAAUGUCUACCUGGAAACACUAGGGACCCUUGUCAUAAUUCUAGUCGCAACUCCCUUUUAAAUUGACCUCACUUGUGUAUAUAAGAGAUGAAGGAAAAAAAACUACUGAAUUGUAAGGUUUUAGGAACUUGCCAUAUGCCAAAGAGAUACAUAUUAGUAUAAUAGUUAGCAAGAUAAACUAUAGACUCUUGACUAAACGUAAUAUCACAUAAGUAGCAAAAUUCAUUGGAAGUUUCAUAGGCGUAAACCGGGCCAAAAAAAAUAUAUAGUUUCGUUCACAGGAUGUAAAAAUAAAACGCCCAUUAUUAAUACAUUAUUAUUAUUAUUAUUAUUAUUAUUAUUAUUAUUAUUAUUAUUAUUAUUAUUAUUAUUAUUAUUAUUAUUAUUAUUAUUAUUAUUAUUAUUAAAUGUUUACAUGGUAAUCUGAGAGGGUGCCGUUGCCACGUUUACAGUGCCAUAGAUACAAUAAUGGGGGGGGUAAGACUCGGUGUUUUGGCCCUUGCUCUCGCUAUCACCAUUCCCUUAAACUAUGUGCUCCAUACUUCAUCUUCUAAUAUUUGUAUAGUCAUGUACCGCAAGGCAAAAGUGUUACAAUACCCAUAGACAGAUUGUGGUACUGCCUAGAUUAUUUUUCAAAACAUUAUCAGAUGGUCAAUGUGUAUGGGCGUGUCACUUUAUUAUCCAUGUCAAUGUAAAUUCAAAUGAAGCAUUAAACUCAUGUGUUGUUUUUGGUGCUGUCACUUAAGUACAAGAUCUUCCCUCAAUUACUCUAGAUGUAGGAACCUUUGGGAUGUCCACCUGACCACUAGGAACCUCUAUUGAUGUGUGGUCAAUAUCAAGGUUAUAAAAGGGUCAAGGUUCAGCCAGUGUCUAUAACUUCCCCAAAUAUUGACCAUUAAAUCCCCCUCCCCCCUGAGUGGUAUUAAUCCUAACCCAUGUCUAAAUCCCUCCCCCCCCCCCUUUGCGUGGUAAUAAUCCUAACAGCAUGUAGAUCACCCCCUCGAGGCCUGGCUGAAGUAUCCUGACGUGGUUAUGUUAACAAGAUACAGCUUUAACCUGAGCCCCUGUACAGUACCCAUAACUAACCUGAAGUUUACUCCCUGAGGCGCGAGACCAGGUGAGCACGAGACCAGGUGAGCACGAGACCAGAUGGGCAAGGUCUCGUUCGUGUCCUCUUACACCUGAUGUAUCCCCCAUAUCCCGCCAGAGCCUACCCUACCCUACCCUACCCUACCCUACCCUACCCUACCCUACAGUCCUAUCCAAUCCUACCAACCCCCUUUGGGUCUCCUGACGAUAGGGAGUAAACUCUGUAGGUCCCACUGUAGCCGUGACUCUUCGACGUGGCGUUAUGUAGCUCGGUAAAACUUUAUAAGUGUGGUGAGUGUAUACAAAAAAUAAAAUAAUCUGCCUAU